CAGCAAUCCCAGCUACCCAAAGCGCCUUUGUCUUUUCACACUUUCUCUACGGUUGAGUGAAGGAGAAACUUUGCGCACGGCCGUUGCCCUUUUCAGCAGCGCACGCAGACUCAGCGAUUGGCCAACCACCGCGAUCAAGGCCGCAGGGAAACGCAACCACCAGACGAAAGAGACGGGGAAUACGGCACAGUUACGGAGGAACUCAAAAGCCAUUUCCACCCUCCAUAUCCAAUCCGCCCCUCGGCAUCAGACACCAAUCAGACUCUUGACUCAGCUUUAUGUAAACCCAAGAGAGCUCCCAGACCUUCCCGGAUUGGCUUAUCUGACCGCCCUUGCGUUUAUCUGCCUGCAGUCGGCAAUCCAGACCACAGGCACCCAUAGCGUACACUAAUAAUCGGAACUGCUGCGGUGGCAUUUGCAACAUAAAGGUGGAGGUCGACCCUCACCUCCUCUGCGACUGCAUCAGCCCGACCAAAAAUAAUCAAGGACCCCCAGAGAAGUACCAUCAUUGAACGCAACGGACAGCUUUCGACGACAAUGGACUACUUCGCCGUCGCGGCAGCUCACCGUGGCUCGUACUUCGACUCGCUCGUGGAUGCGGAUUCAUCCAACUCGAGCUCUCCAGACAAUACCAUGGGCGACAUGUUUCGAUACGGCAGCAUCGGGUCCGGGAUGUUUCCCACCAGCCACGGCUGGGGACCACCGGCUGAUCUCGACACGCUCGACGCCUUCACCGACUUUAAGCCGCAGACCGCCCGACACGACAGCGCCCAGCCGUCCACGGACUCCGAGCAGACGGUGGUCCCGCCCUCGAAAAUGGUGAGGGAGUUCCUCGCCGAUGAGGCCCGCGUGAGGGUGGUCGCUAACGAGCAGGGCCAGCGUCGACGGGCGCAGAACCGCGCCUCGCAGCGGGCCUUCCGCGAGCGCAAGGAGAAGCACGUCAAGGGCCUGGAGUACCAGCUCGAGACCCUCAACGAGAAGCACCAGGACCUGCUGUGCUCGUACAACAAGCAGAGCGACAGCAUCGUCCGGCUGAACCGCAAGAUCGCCCAGCUGCAGGCCGACCUCGAAGCGCUCCGGUUCCCCGCUUCGAUGGCGGAACCGCCCACCUCCCACCCGCAUCCCCAGCACCAGCACCAGCACCAUCAUCACCGUCACAAAUGGAACAACGGCGGCCCAAAGGCGAUGCCGGACAAAUUCGAUGCUUUCCCAAACGCCGCCAGUCUUGGACCCGUUCUCUACGACGGCUACGAGCUAGGGCCGGACGGAACAAUUGUCAACGCCGUCGAAUCCCACAACGCAGCGGUCAAGACAAAGCGAAGGUUACCAGACUUUGAGGACCUGCUGCGCAUGCCAUGAUUGUUUUGGAUGCCUGGCAUCCUUUCUGCCAGUUUCUGUUUUCAGCGAAAAUUGAGGGAUCGACUUCACCAAACCCCAGGGAUGAACCAAAGCAGCGAAAGGCGUCAGAUACCAAACCAUGGCGGGCAACAGUGACUUGUAUCUAUAUCUAUCUUGAUCUACUUCAUUCUGACGCGCAGUCU